AUGAACACUAAAUUCUGCCAACUUCUUUCUGUCCAUCGCGCGAAAUCAUAUCAUUGUCGCAGUCAAAUUGUGUCCAAAAAGUGUAUUUGCAAGCACCAUAUCGUUGUAACUGUCAAACUAAAAAUAACCACCCUCUCUCUCCUUCUCUCUCUCUCCUUCUCUCUCUCCAUCCCUUUCCCCUAUCUCUCUCUCGCAAUCUUUUGCUCCGUAAUGUUGCAAAGUUUUCCCUCCACUCUCUCUCUCUCUCUCUCUCUUUCUCUCUCUUUCUCUCUCUUUCUCUUUGCCUUUGCAAUAUUUUGCUCCGUAAUGUUGCAGAGUCAACACGAGCCCUUUCAAUCUUUGGUUUCUCUCGUGUUUUCAAAGCUUCUUGUUGCAAAAGGUCAGGAAAGUAGAGUUGACAUUGAGUUAAUUGACUCUUUUACCAUCUUGCGAUCAGAGGAGGACGAAUACUUAACAAGUUAUUAUCAGUGCCCUAUCACUAAUCGUCAGUCAAUACUCAAAAAUACACAAAAUCUCUCUCUCUCUCUAUCUAUCUAUCUAUCUAUCUAUCUAUCUAUCUCUUAA